UGUUUGUUUGCAUCCUCCCAAAAUGACAACAAUAACAUAUGCAGGAUAAGAAAAUUUUCCGAUUUUUGCUGAAAAUAAGCGUUUAGUUCCGGUAUUUUUUAAGAAAAAGAGGGUAAAAUGAGUUUUAAACAGUGUGAAAUAUGCCUGUCCGAUGGCGCCGCGCUUUAUUUAGACAUUUUCGGAGAAGUGAAUUCGACCAGGAAUAUUUCAACCAUCAUCGAAAAGCAUCUUUGGUUGGAGUUCAAACCAUCCGAUGAGCAGCAAGUAAUAUGCAACAGUUGCUGGAACUCAUUAUAUGAUUUCAACAACUUUUACGAAACGGUUAAGGAAAUCCACAGGAACAAAUAUGGAGAGCCCCCAGUAGGCAAACAGGAGGUCUUGUUUAGAGGAGACCCUUUUGGGGAUGACCAUUUCGCUGGCAGUGAGGAUGAUUCCGGUCAGAAGAAGCAAUCGGAGCAUUUGGUAGAGGUAAAGGAAGAACCUCCUGAAGAGCCUCGAAACAGCACUGUGGAAAUUCUUACCGGAGAGUUGGAAAAGAGCGAACCAGUUUUGGAAAAUUCAUCAGAAGGUGUCACAACGCGACGAUCAGUUCGACUCAAACGUAAAUGUGUCUCAAGUCCUACUGAAAUAAAGGAUGAGUUAGACACGGUAGCUGAAAGAUCUAAGCGGCUUAGAACAAGAGCGAAUUAUAAAGAUGACAUAUGUUCAGAAGAUGAUAAUGCAGGAUUUUCUGCUUCGGAUGAAUCCGAUAACGAUGAUGAAAAUUACCAAAUUCAACAUGAUUCCCCGCAAGACCUUGGAGCAAAAAGUUCUAGCGAAUCAGAAAACGAUCCCAAAACGGAUGAUUUUGAUGUACCGUCCUCGAAAGGGCGCAGAGCAAAACGGAAGAAAGACAGUAAAUUAUUCGAACACAUCGAUGAGUUCAUCUGCUACGUCUGCCCGGAGAGGGUGGAAUUUGAAAGGUUUUAUCACGCAACGAUGCACUAUAAGGAGCACCACAAGGAGCCGGCUUAUAUCAAAUGUAAGGUCUGCGACAAGCGUUGCUACACGCCGGGUAACUUUAUCAGUCACGUAGCGGUCCAUACGGAUCCCGACAAGUACAGGUGCCACAUAUGCGGCAAGCAGAAUGACCAGAGGGUUGCCCUUGCCAAGCACAUGCGAAUCCAUCGACGGGAAAUGGAGGAAAAGUUGAACAUUACCUGUAAGCUGUGUCCGCGGCGUUUCGCAACCGAGAAAAAACGAGACCGACACGAGAAGCACCACAAUCGCAAACCGAUGGAAAAACCGCCGCGAAUUGUAGGUCGCGACGAGGAAAUCCUAGAGUUUUACAAACGCAUCGUAUGUGAAAUUUGCGACCAACAGCGAAUGGUGGAUGUCCGUGUGCCGGAUGUGGAAUACGACAACAUGCAGGAUUUGAAGAAGCACAUGCGCGAGGCUCACAACGACAAGGGAUACCUGAAGUGCCAUUUAUGCGAGAAAAAGUGUAACAUUCGGUCGAUGUUGCUGAUCCACAAGGACUUCCACGUAAAUCCGGAAAACUAUAGAUGCGACAUAUGCGGUAACGUGUACCAAAAUCUUCCAAAGCACAAGGAAGGUGCCCACGCAACCCCUGGCGAGGCGUCAUUCUGCUGCGAACACUGUGGCAAGGCUUUGACUAGCGAGAAAAGUUUAAAAUCUCACAUGGAGAGGAAACAUGCCGCCAAGGAUGUAACCUGUGAUAUCUGUAAUAAGCCAUUCAGUAGAAGCACCUUGGAAAGUCACCGGAGGGUCGUUCACGAAAGUGCCUCGUACAUGUGCACGCACUGCCCUCGUAUGUUCAAGAGUAAAUUCUCGCUCAAUCGGCACCAGGAAGAGCACGAGGACAAAGUCCGCGAGCGGGUCAAAUGCCAGAUUUGUGGUGUCACGUUCAAGCACAAGUACAUCCUGACGAAGCACAUCGAUUCCGUGCAUACGACGGAGGCCCCGGUGGCUUGCGAUGUCUGUGGUAAAAAGUUCAAAUCUAAACAUCAUUUAUGGAGCCACAAAUCGGACACCUGCAACAACCGGCGAUUCGAUUGCACUAUUUGCGGGCGAGUUUUUAAGGUGAAGGUACGUCUCACGGAGCACAUGACAACCCAUACCGGGAAAAGUCUCUAUCAGUGCACGUUCUGCCCCAUGACGUUCAGCUUUCAGUCGAUACUCUACACGCACAGAAAAAAGGCCCACUACGAACAGUGGUUGGAGCUACAGGCAAAACGCGAAGAAGGUGUUAAGUUUAAAGUUCAGGAAGCUCCGGCUUAGCACUACUUUUUAUUUUGUGUAACAAAAUGGAAUUCCGGAUA